ACAAAUAGUAACAGCAAAAAGAAUACAUUGAAGAAUAAGAAAGAAUCCAGAAAGAGUUAGAUCAGUAUCAAAUGGAAGGCAGCGGCAUCCAUCAAAAUCUGGUAGAACACGAGGCAGAGUCUUGGUUGUUUGUGAAGAAUAAGAUAUGGAAUGAGACAAAGAAACUGUGGGUUGUUGCAGGUCCAGCUAUCUUAAUACCAUUCUCAACAUUUGGAAUCCAUGUAAUCAGCCAAGCUUUUAUAGGCCAUUUCAGCUCCAUGCAGCUCGCUGCAUACGCCCUUGUCUUCAGCGUGAUCUUCCGAGUUGUCCUUGGUUUUCAGUUUGGCAUGGUUAAUGGGGUCGGAACGCUGUGUGGGCAAGCAUUUGGUGCCAAACAGUAUCACAAGCUCGGCUUAUAUCUUCAGCAAUCAUGGAUCAUCUUGCUUGUUGCCACAACCCUUAUGACACCGCUGUUUAUAUUUGCUGCGCUGAUUUUGAAAACAUUAGGCCAGGAUCACGAGAUUGCUGAUGUGGCAGGGGAUUUUGCUGUGUGGUUCGUUGCUAUCUCGUUCUUGUAUGCUGUGCUGUAUAGCUGCAACUCAUUCCUGCAGUCGCAGAGCAAGAACUUCAUUCUCUCGUUCUAUGCAGUGCUGUCGUUGCUGGCACACGUCUUCUUCUCGUGGCUUUUGUCUGUGAAGUUGGGGUUCGGUGUUACUGGUGUGAUGGUGUCUACUGUUUUGUCGUAUGUGAUACCGAAUGUAGGCCAGCUCGUGUACAUCAUGGGUGGUAGUUGUAGAGAGACGUGGAAGGGGUUCACGGCCUUGGCAUUCGCGGAUAUUGGACGAACAAUCAGGCUCUCUGUGUCAUCUGGUGUGAUGAUCUGCCUAGAAUUCUGCUACAACUCUUUACUACUUCUUCUGGCUGGAAAUAUGGGUAAUGCAGAGGUCACAAUUGAUGCUCUUUCAAUCUGUAUUAACAUCAGUGGAUGGGCACUGAUGGUAGCCUUCGGGUUCAUGGCAGCAGCGAGUGUUCGUGUGUCGAACGAGCUGGGAAGGAGGGAUGUCAAGGCGGUGAAGUUCUCGAUUUUGAUGGCAGUUGGGACAUCAUUCAGCAUUGGGUUGGUGUUGUUUGUGUGUUUCUUGGUGUUUAGGGAGAACGCAGCCUACGCGUUCACUAAUAGUGAGGAAGUGGCUGGGGCGGUUGCUCGUCUGUCUCCUCUGCUUGCGUUUUCUCUGCUCUUGAACAGCGUCCAGCCGGUUCUCUCAGGCAAGCCUAGCCCACUCCCUCUGCUAAGCACAAAAGAUUUGAAACAUGCAAAUAUAUGAGGAAGAUGAUGAAUUUUGUGUGAAGCAGGUGUUGCCAAUGGAACUGGGCAACAAGGCAUUGUGGCAUAUGUGAAUCUUGCUUCAUAUUACUUGAUUGGUUUGCCUUUGGGAGUCAUUCUUGGUUAUGUCUUCAAGCUGCAAGUUGAGGUGAGUAGAGAUAACUAACCAUUUCUUCUUCUUAAUUAGUUACUGUACAUUACAAAAGUUAGUAUAUGAUGAAA